AUGAAAACUUAUUCCCGUAAACCCAUCAAGCAUCAAAUUAUAGAAGAUGUUCACAAACUUUGCAGACUCUGCCUUAAAAAGGCCGAUGAAAGUGUGUCAAUUUAUACCAGCGAUAAAGAUAACAUUUGUGCAUCAUUAGCGAUGAGAAUUAUGAUAUGUGUUGGGUUUGAGGUUUCACGGGAUGAUUGCCUACCUAACUUAUUAUGUACAGAUUGUUAUAAAGAACUAGAAAGAUUUUAUUCUUUCCGAAAAAAAUGCGAAAUGACGUAUCAAAAACUGAAGUCGCAUCUCCUAGCUCUUAAACAGAAAGAAAAUGAUAAAGCAGACUCAAAAGAACAGCACCAAAAACUUAGUGAUUUAGAUGAUAUGAAAAAUGCAAGCCUUACAGAACAUUAUAUACCAAAAGACGCUGAAUCAUUUAACUCGCCAUGCAAAGAAGAUGAUAAAUCAGAAAUUGUGCAUUCAGAUGUUAAUAACUUUGUAAAUGGUAAAGUGAGUUUAAACAAUAAUGUUGAGACACAAGACCGUUUUAACCCUGAAGAAAAUGUACAGUCAACAGUAAAUCCUGAUUUAGGAACAUUUCUAUCUACAGUUUUACUUGAACUAGGUAUACUAACAAGAUCAGAUGAUAAAUUUAUAGUAAUGGACAACAGUAUAAAGACUUUAGAACUGGAGACUGGUGAUGGACAAUAUGUUGUAGAACUUAUGGAGGAAGAGGAGGAACAAAACGUAACACAAACCGAAAAUUUACAUGAAAAUAAUUCAAACUUAGCUAAGCAACUUGACAUUGAGGAUAAUAAUAUGAAAAAGGCGGGCGAUCUGCGUGCGGGGGGUGGCGGGGGCGGUGCGGUGCCGCAGUGCGGGGCGUGCGGCAAGCAGUUCGCGACGCGCAGCGUGCUGGCGCGCCACGCCAGAGUGCAUUCGGGCGCGCGCCCGUACGCCUGCAGAGUGUGUGCGCGCGCUUUUGCUCAGCGCGCAUCGCUGCUGCGCCACGAGCUCGUGCACCGCGAGAAGCGGCCGUACCAGUGUGCUCAGUGCCCGAAGAGCUUCACGCAGCGUGGUGCACUGGCAGUGCAUGCGCGCUCCCACGCGCCUCCGCAGCAGCGCCCGCUCAGCCUGCAUCGCUGCCCGCGCUGCCCCAAGCUGUUCCUGUAUGCGUCCGGUGAGUAUACUUGCUGCCCGCGUUGCCCCAAGCUGUUCUUGUACGCGUCCAGUGAGUGCACCUGCUGCCCGCGCUGCCCCAAGCUGUUCUUGUACGCGUCCAGUGAGUGCACCUGCUGCCCGCGCUGCCCCAAGCUAUUCUUGUAUGCGUCCGGUGAGUAUACUUACUGCCUGCGCUGCCCCAAGCUGUUCCUGUACGCGUCCAGUGAGUGCACCUGCUGCCCGCGCUGCCCCAAGCUGUUCCUGUACGCGUCCGGUCUUUCGCGGCACAUGCCGACGCACAACGGGCGCGUGUUCACGUGCGGUGGCUGUGCGCGCCCCUUCCGCGACAAGAGCUCGCUGCUGCGGCACCUGCGCACCGCGGGACACGAUGCGUAA